CACAUCGUUGGCAUGUUCCUUUAACACUGCAGGAGGAGGGGGGGCAGCGGCCGGAUUGAGGAUCACACACCGUAGGACAGUAUCAGAGCUCACCGAAUCCCCCCUGCGCAUCUGGCUCAGAGCCUGCAGGGGCGGGCGGUGGUGUGAUCCAUGCACACCUGUGUAAGUCCCCGCAGUCCGAGGCUCUUGCAUGCUCCCCCCGUAUCAGAAUUCCCCGGGACCCCCACUCAAUGAACAGCCCUAUAUGUUUUACUUGGGGUUGUUCUUUGUCAAUGUGCUGAUCCUGUAUUACGCCUUCCUGAUGGAGUACAUCGCGCUCAACGUGGGCAUCGUUUUCCUGCCUGAGGACAUAGACCAGGCGCUGGUGGACUUGGGGGUGCUGUCCGAUCCCGCCUCGCUGCUGUACGAGGCCGAAAACGAACUGCUAGACGGCUACUUGGAAUAAACAGGCGGAGAGACGUGAGAGGCCCCUGGCUAUGGAGGGGACACCCUGCCCCCAUGGGAUGUCUUGCUACGCAAAGACAAGCGUUUACUUUGGUUGCACAAAAAUGGCCCCCUUGCUAACGUUGGUGUUGCGGGCUGAGGUGACAGCAUGGCCGUCCUGCUUCGUAGGACAGUGCACGAGGGCUCCGCAGCCCAGCUGAGGUUUGGAAGCUGUUUUGGAAUGCGAGAGAAUAUGAAGAAGAGACUGGACCAUGAGCGGACUGUGGCAGGAGAUUCUAGAACCUGGAAACAAAAUGGAACAUUGGUAAAACGUGGAUUCUGAUUCUUAUCUGUAGAAGGAACUAUUGGUGCCCAGCUUUGAUGACUUUGGGGUAAAUGUUCAGGGUCUUCGGCAAGGUUUGAGAUCUCUUGAGACUUACCCUAGGAUUACAAAGGAGUUUUAUAUUAUGGUACUUAGUAACCAAAUUAAUUGAAUGUAGUAUUGAUACACGUUGGGCCCUACACAAUUGCCGUUCCUGCUCUAUUACAGCACUUGGUGAACUCUCUUUGGGUACUACAGGAUUGCCAUUUUUUGCUGCUUCAGGUGAACUACUAAAAAUGUCCUGCAGUUCUGGGGUAUUACAAUGCACUGUUUUACCCCCGGGAAUUUAGGAAUGGAGCGUUUUGAUCAUCUCAAAAUGAUACCAAGCUAAACACGUCUUCCCAUGGAAUCCAAAAGACUUCGAUGAUUCCUCUAAUCUGCUAUUUGAAAGGGUUGAAUUUUUCUUAGUAGAGAAAAAAAACCAUGUUCCCCUUUUCUUUAUCAUAACCUAAAUAAGGGACCUCUGAAUUCGCAAUAAAACUGCUUUACUCAACUUCCAUGAUCUAGAGUAUUAAGCAGAGCUGUGUUUAUUGCUCGCACACCUUAAUUAUUGACAUGUUUUUAGAUAUCACAUUUGUUUAUUGGCAGAUUUAAAAUUAUACCUAAAACAUUUGAUU